CGAAAGGGCGUACGCCCUUACCUCAAGUCGACUCAAGGGCCUCCUAGUCGAGCUCCCACCUCCUGGAAGCCGUGUACGUUGACCCAGUCCUCAAGUCGACUCAAGGGCCUCCUAGCCUCGAGCUCCCACCUCCUGGAAGCCGUGUACGUUGUGCAUAUGCUACUCGCCGCCGCGCUAACCUCGACCUCUGCCGCCGCGCACAUGCCGUCCUUCUUGAGGAACAACGACGUGCAGAAUGUCCUCCCAGUGGCGCCGGCUGACUACCCUGCCGCACUGCAAGGGAUGCUCUGGCUCGACCAAACGGGCGCUUUUGGAGAGUCGAGCAUACCAGCCGGCGUCAGCGCGCCGGACUUGGCCAUCUCGAUGGGCGACACCGACUAUCAUCGCUUCGACCCGGCGACGCGCACCGUGAGUGUGAGCAUCCUUGGAAGAGCGUGGCAGUGGCAGAACACCAGGGAGGGUAUGAGCUUUUUUCGCGAGGCCGAGUCGACCUUCUCCCACUACGAUUUUGUGUUUAGCGACGACUUCGAGUCCUGCCAGAUCUACCCGCACCUCAAGCUGCCGUUUGGCCUCACGUUCCGUGUGCCCACUGCGGCCGUCAGCUUCACGAUGACCCUCCAACACCCUGCCGCUGGCGCAUGCCCGCCAAGGGCCAACUCCUCAACCGCUGAGGUCGUGCGGUGCGCAAAGUGGCGCCGCGAUAGCCGGGUCCUGCAGCUCAUCCCCGGCCUGUCAAAGGCGCUGGGCGAUUUCGUGUACUAUGCGUACGAGAUCGUGGACAAUGAGAGGCAGCCCAUCGAGCCGUACUUCAGCGCGUACCUCAAAUGGGCCGACGCGAACUCGCGCCCGGACGCCUUGGUCGCUGCCGCGGAGGGGUUCGACACGAGCCGCUCCCUCGACGGUGCGGACGGAUUGCAGGGCGGCACCUCCUUUGUGGGCGACGGCGCUGCGGCCGAGUCGUCGACCUGGUCCGCGUCGGCACAGCUGGCCUGGCGAUGAAUACGGGACGGCGCGACGGAGGAUUGGUGGUGGGAGCACGUCGGCUGGGGGCACGGUGGCUCGGGCGGUGGUCGGCCGGCUUAGAAGUGCUAGAAUGGCUUAGUCCUUAGAACUGCGUGGUGCGGCAGCCUCAUCCGGCGGGCCGCGGGGUCGCCAGCCAUAACUACUACAGUGUGCUCAGUAAGUGGGUCCCGGGGGGUCGGAUGGGCUUAGCCCCGUUAAUUGGUAGAGUGUGGCAAUAAAUAGCAUCUUCUUUGCUGACAA